GUUCUUUUUUCUGUUUGGUAGAUGAUGAAAGAGUCUCAGAGUAAAGACAAUCUUACUAUUCGAUGGGAUAUUGGUCUCAACAAGAAGCGCGUUGCGUACUUUGUCUUCCCUAAGGAAGAUAAUGAGUUGCGUCUUGUACCUGGUGAUGAGCUAAGGCUGCGAUAUUCAGGGGAUGCAGUACAUCCAGCUUGGCAAUCCGUGGGGCACGUGGUAAAAUUAACUGCUCAAGAGGAGGUUGCGCUUGAACUUCGUGUCAGCCAGGGGGUUCCUGUCGAUGUGACCCAUGGGCUUAGUGUUGACUUUGUUUGGAAAAGCACGAGCUUUGAUCGGAUGCAGAGUGCGAUGAAAACCUUUGCAGUGGAUGAGACUAGUGUCAGUGGGUAUAUUUACCAUCACCUGCUAGGUCAUGAAGUUGAGAUGCAGAUGGUCCGCAAUGCACUUCCUCGUCGUUUUGGUGCCCCUGGUCUUCCAGAGCUUAAUGCAUCUCAGGUUUUUGCUGUAAAAAGUGUUCUUCAAAAGCCCAUCAGUUUAAUUCAAGGUCCACCUGGAACGGGAAAAACUGUCACCUCUGCCGCCAUUGUGUAUCAUAUGGCCAAACAAGGCCAAGGACAGGUUUUGGUUUGUGCCCCCAGUAAUGUUGCUGUGGACCAAUUAGCAGAGAAGAUAAGUGCUACUGGUCUGAAGGUGGUCAGGCUCUGUGCCAAGUCAAGGGAAGCUGUCAGUUCUCCUGUCGAGCAUUUAACCCUUCACUAUCAGGUUCGCCAUCUUGACACAUCUGAGAAGAGUGAACUGCACAAGUUACAGCAACUGAAGGAUGAACAAGGAGAGCUCUCCAGCAGCGAUGAGAAGAAAUAUAAAGCUUUGAAGCGGGCAACAGAGAGGGAAAUAGCUCAGAGUGCUGAUGUAAUUUGUUGCACAUGCGUUGGUGCUGGAGACCCUAGAUUGGCUAACUUCAGAUUCCGCCAGGUGCUUAUUGAUGAAUCCACUCAGGCUACUGAGCCUGAAUGUCUUAUUCCUUUGGUUCUUGGCGCAAAGCAGGCUGUUCUUGUCGGUGAUCACUGCCAGCUUGGACCAGUCAUUAUGUGCAAGAAAGCAGCCCGUGCUGGACUUGCUCAAUCUCUAUUUGAGCGCCUUGUGUUUCUAGGAGUGAAGCCAAUUAGGUUACAGGUACAAUACCGUAUGCAUCCUGCAUUAUCUGAGUUUCCAUCAAAUAGCUUUUAUGAAGGUACACUCCAAAAUGGUGUAACCAUCAAUGAAAGGCAAUCAACAGGCAUUGAUUUCCCUUGGCCUGUGCCCAACCGUCCCAUGUUCUUUUAUGUUCAGAUGGGACAAGAGGAGAUCAGUGCUAGUGGAACUUCCUAUCUGAAUAGAACUGAAGCUGCAAAUGUGGAGAAGAUUGUGACUACAUUUCUUAAGGGUGGAGUAGUCCCUAGUCAGAUUGGGGUCAUAACACCAUAUGAGGGUCAACGAGCAUACAUUGUAAAUUACAUGGCAAGAAAUGGUUCCUUGAGGCAACAACUUUACAAGGAAAUUGAGGUUGCAAGUGUUGAUUCAUUUCAAGGGAGGGAAAAGGAUUAUAUUAUUUUGUCAUGUGUCAGGAGUAAUGAACAUCAGGGCAUUGGAUUCCUUAAUGAUCCACGGAGGCUUAAUGUUGCCCUUACACGUGCUCGUUAUGGUAUUGUUAUCCUUGGAAAUCCUAAAGUUCUUAGCAAACAGCCUCUGUGGAAUGGCUUGCUGACACACUACAAGGAGCAUGAGUGCUUGGUAGAAGGUCCUCUGAAUAACUUAAAGCAGAGCAUGGUUCAAUUUCAGAAGCCCAAAAAGAUCUACAAUGAGCGCAGACUUUUCUUUGGUGGUGGACCUGGAAUUCCAGGUGACAGUUUUGGAUCUGCUUCAGGCCCCAACGCUGACAGGAGAAAUAGUCGUUCUAGGGGUUCUUAUAUGGCACCUGGUGUACCCAACGGUACUCAGAAACCUGGUCUUCAUCCUGCUGGUUAUCCAAUGCCUCGGGUUGCCUUUCCACCUUACCAUGGAGGCCCUCCACAACCGUAUGCAAUUCCUACUCGUGGUGCUGUCCAUGGCCCUGUUGGAGCUGUUCCUCAUGUUCCACAGCCAGGUAGCCGGGGUUUUGGGGCUGGACGUGGCAAUGCCAAUGCCCCAAUUGGUAGUCAUCUCCCUCACCAUCAAGGCGCCCAGCAACAGGCCGGAAGUCUUGGAUCUAACUUCAACUUUCCUGCAUUGGAGAAUCCAAACAGCCAGCCUUCUGUUGGAGGACCUUUAUCUCAGCCUGGAUAUGCUUCUAAUAUUGGUAUCCAGGGGCCAGGCCAGACAUUUCGGGAUGGAUAUUCUUUGGGUAGCAUGUCACAGGAUUUCGUGGGAGAUGAUUUCAAGAGCCAGGGGUCUCAUGUUCCAUAUAACGUUGCUGACUUCUCUACACAGGCUUCUCAAAGUGGAUAUGCUGUUGAUUAUGUAACUCAAGGAGCACAGGCUGGUUUUCCAGGGAACUUCUUAAACCAGAAUUCGCAAUCUGGAUACUCCCGUUUUGGUUCAGGAAAUGAAUUCAUGUCACAGGACUACAUGGCUCAUGGAUCCCAAGGUCUCUUUACUCAAGCUGGAUACAAUAACCCGUCGCAAGAUGAUGGUUCACAGAAUCAUUUUGGCAUGUCCAAUGCAUCUCUUCAGUCUCAGAGUUCGCUUAAUCCACUUUACUCCCAACCAUUUGCUCACUACAACACGCAACCAUUUAACAUGCAAAGCCAACCUCAACAGCAGCAAGCCCCACAAGGCCAGGGCUUCCAAAAUCAGAAACUUCACUACAAUAGUUGAAGAUCGCAGGCUUGUUUAUGUGAUGGGUUAUAGUUUGCUUCCAGCAGUUUGGUUUAUGUGUCAACGCGUGGACCAUAUUAUCUGACCUAAGAUGAGAUUAAGAGUUUGCUAAUAAUUCAGGUCAAAUGGUGACAUAUCCCUUGCCAGUGAUUCUGAAUGUUGAGUCAGAGGGCUGGAGUGGUGGAAGGCUCUCUGCUCAAGUAAACCAUGCACAGCACAACUGGUGCUGAGAAAGGAAAAAUAACCCAUGUUAUCUUCGUGAAGUUUUACGUAUUGUUUGAAGAGAGUAAUACUAUUUCUCCGGGAGAGUAAGGUUACAUGGCAUGGUAUUGGCCGGAAGGGUGGGUUAUUCAGGACACGGAGCUUGCUACUUGCGCGUUGGAAGGAGUACAACAUUGUUUGAAGCUGCGACCAUAUCUUUUGUACAGUGUCCAGGCGAAAGUCAGCUAACCCUUUCAGCUCUUCCUGACAUGUAGUUAAACUCUUUAGUAUUUGUAUUACGUGGAUAAUGACGAUAAUUAUAGAUGUGUUUAUGUUUCAGCACUUGAGGUAUUGGGUAUAUAAGCAGUUAUUAGUCAUUUGAUUAAACUGGAUUGCUUGUAAUCCAGUAUCAUUUUUUUGUGGAUUUCUUUUUAGCGUUUUGCUUGGAGUAGUCGGUGAGAAAAGAAUACGAGCACUUCAGCUGCAUUCGUUCAUUUUGCCACUUCUGUGGCAUCUCCCGUCUAUUUCUGCCUUGCAUGGACAGCAUAUGGACAGUACGGAGAUUUGCCUUUCGAGUUCUCAGAAAAACUGUCAUGUCAGUGAAAAGAGCUCUAUUUUUUUUUUA